AUGGCCGCCGCUGCUGCCGCUCCCCGUCUGCCACCCUGUGGGGGCCACCUGACGUCACCCAGUGGAACCAUCCUGUCCCCAGGCUGGCCUGGCUUCUACAAGGACUCGCUGAGCUGUGCCUGGGUCAUCGAGGCCCAACCAGGCUACCCCAUCAAGAUCACCUUUGACAGGUUCAAGACUGAGGUGAAUUACGACACCCUGGAGGUGCGGGACGGCCGCUCCUACUCCUCCCCCCUGAUUGGUUACGAUGGCACCCAGGUGCCCCAGUUCCUGAUCAGCACCAGCAACCACCUCUACCUCCUGUUCACCACGGACAAGAGCCACUCUGACAUCGGCUUCCAGAUCCGAUACGAGACUGUGAAGCUGCAGUCUGACCACUGCCUGGACCCGGGCAUCCCGGUGAACGGGCAGCGCCACGGCCACGACUUCUACGUGGGAGCCCUGGUGACGUUCAGCUGUGACCCUGGCUACACCCUGAGUGACAACGAGGGCUGGAGUGUGAGCCCAAACUUCCAGUGGAGCCGGCCCCUGCCCAGCUGUGAGGCUCUCUGUGGGGGCUACAUCCGUGGCUCCAGUGGCACCAUCCUGUCCCCAGGCUUCCCUGAUUUCUAUCCCAACAACUUGAACUGCACAUGGACAAUAGAAACAUCCCAUGGGAAAGGUGUGUUCUUCACCUUCCACACGUUCCACCUGGAGAAUGGCCACGAUUACCUGCUGAUCACGGAGAACUCCAGCUUUGCCCAGCCCCUGCAGCAGCUGACGGGCUCGCGCCUGCCGGCCCCGCUCAGCGCGGGGCUCUUCGGGAACUUCUCGGCCCAGAUCCGCUUCAUCUCCGACUUCUCCAUGUCCUACGAGGGCUUCAACAUCACCUUCUCAGAAUACGACCUGGAGCCGUGUGAGGAGCCCGAAGUGCCAGCCUACAGCAUCAGGAAGGGGCUGCAGUUCGGAGUGGGGGACGUGCUGAGCUUCUCCUGCUUCCCUGGGUACCGGCUGGAGGGAGCAGCCAGGAUCACCUGCCUGGGCGGGAGACGCCGGGUGUGGAGUUCGCCUCUGCCAAGGUGUGUUGCUGAGUGUGGCUCGUCCGUGACGGGAACCCAGGGAGUGCUGCUGUCCCCCAACUACCCCCUGAGCUACAGCAACAACCACGAGUGCAUCUACUCCAUCCAGAGCCAGCCUGGCAAGGGGAUCCAGCUGAGAGCCAGGACCUUCCAGCUGGAGGCAGGAGAUGUCCUCAAGGUCUACGAUGGCACCAACAGCUCUGCCCGGCUGCUGGGCACCUUCAGCCACUCGGAGCUGCUGGGCACCAGCAUCAACAGCACCUCCAGCUCCAUGUGGCUGGAGUUCAUCUCUGACAGUGCCAACACCAGCAAAGGCUUCGAGCUGCAGUUCUCCAGUUUUGAGCUCAUCAAGUGCGAGGACCCCGGCGUCCCCCAGUUUGGGUACAAGGUGCACGACGAGGGACACUUUGCUGGCAGCUCAGUGUCCUUCAGCUGUGACCCUGGCUACACCCUGAGAGGCACCAGGGUGCUGGUGUGCCUGACUGGGGAGAGGAGAGCCUGGGACCAGCCCCUGCCGACCUGUGUGGCCGAGUGUGGAGGGACAAUCAGAGGAGAGGCCUCGGGGCGGAUCCUUUCUCCAGGAUACCCAACCCCCUACGACCACAACCUCAACUGCAUCUGGACCAUCGAGGCAGAGCCUGGAUGCACCAUUGGGCUCCAUUUCAUGGUUUUCCACACGGAGGAGUUCCACGAUGUGCUGCGGAUCUGGGACGGGCCGGUGGAGAACGGGAUCCUGCUGAAGGAGAUGAGCGGCUCGGGGCUGCCUGGGGACAUCCACAGCACCUUCAACUCCGUCAUCCUGCAGUUCAACACCGACUUCUUCACCAGCAAGCAGGGCUUUGCCAUCCAGUUCUCAGUUUCCACGGCCACCUCGUGCAACGACCCAGGGAUCCCGCAGAACGGGAGCCGGAGUGGGGACAGCAGGGAGGCCGGGGACUCCAUCACCUUCCAGUGCAACCCUGGCUACGCCCUGCAAGGACAGGCCCAGAUCACCUGUGUGCAGAUCCACAACAGGUUCUUCUGGCAGCCAGACCCGCCCACCUGCACAGCUCCGUGUGGUGGGACCCUGACAGGCCCAGCUGGGGUGAUCCUGUCCCCGCAGUACCCAGAGCCCUAUCCCCCAGGGAAGGAGUGUGACUGGAAGCUGACAGUGUCCCCUGACUAUGUCAUUGCCCUGCUGUUCAACGUCUUCAGCCUGGAGCCUGGCUAUGAUUUCCUGCACAUUUAUGACGGGCCUGACUCGCUGAGCCCCCUGAUUGGGAGUUUUUAUGGCUCCCAGCUCCCAGAGAGGAUCGAGAGCAGCAGCAACAACCUUUUCCUGGCGUUCCGGAGCGACGCCUCCGUCAGCAACGCCGGCUUCGUCAUCGAGUACACAGAGAACCCCCGUGAGUCCUGCUUUGACCCAGGAUCCAUCAAGAACGGCACCAGGGUGGGCACGGACCUGAAGCUGGGCUCCACCAUCACCUUCUACUGCGACGGGGGCUACGACAUCCAGGGGGGCCCCACCCUCACCUGUGUCAUGGGAGGGGAUGGGAAACCCACCUGGAACAAACCCCGCCCCUCCUGCACAGCUCCCUGUGGAGGGCAGUACACAGGCUCGGAUGGAGUCGUCCUGUCCCCAAAUUAUCCCCAAAACUACACCAGUGGCCAGGUGUGCCUGUACUCCAUCGUCGUGCCCCAGGACUACGUGCUCUUCGGGCAGUUUGCCUUUUUCCAGACGGCUCUCAAUGACGUGGUGGAGGUGCACGAUGGCCCCACGCAGCACUCGAGGCUGCUCAGCUCCCUCUCGGGCUCUCACUCAGGGGAAUCUUUGCCAUUGGCCACCACCAACCAGAUCCUCAUCAAAUUCAGCUCCAAGGGUCAAUCCACAGCCAAAGGUUUCCAUUUUGUCUACCAAGCCGUGCCCCGCACCAGCGCCACGCAGUGCAGCUCGGUGCCGGAGCCGCGCCACGGCCGCCGCCUGGGCAGCGACUUCGCGGUGGGCGCCGUGGUGCGCUUCGAGUGCAGCCCUGGCUACCGCCUGCGCGGCUCCCCGGCCAUCCAGUGCCUGGCCAUGCCCGGAGCCCUGGCCCAGUGGAACUCCUCCGUGCCCACCUGCGUGGUGCCCUGCGGGGGGAACCUGACGGAGAGGAAAGGAACCAUCCUGUCCCCAGGCUUCCCUGAGCCCUACCUGAACAGCCUCAACUGCGUGUGGAAGAUCACAGUGCCCGAGGGAGCAGGGAUCCAGAUCCAGGUGAUCAGUUUUGUCACAGAGCAGAACUGGGAUUCCCUGGAAGUGUUUGAUGGAGGAGACAACACAGCCACCAUGCUGGGGAGCUUCUCUGGAACCACAGUGCCUGCGCUGCUCAACAGCACUUCAAACCAGCUCUAUCUGCAUUUCUAUUCCGACAUCAGCGUCUCCGCCGCCGGCUUCCACCUGGAAUACAAAACCGUGGGCCUCUCCAGCUGCCCGGAGCCGCCGGUGCCCGCCAACGGGCUGAAGGUGGGCGAGCGCUACCUGGUCAACGACGUGGUGUCCUUCCAGUGCGAGCCAGGCUACGCCCUGCAGGGUCACUCCCACAUCUCCUGCAUGCCGGGCACGGUGCGCCGCUGGAAUUACCCUCCACCCCUCUGCAUCGCCCAGUGUGGAGGAACAGCAGAAGAGAUGGAAGGAGUGCUCCUGAGCCCAGGCUUCCCAGGAAAUUAUCCCAGCAACCUGGACUGCACGUGGAGGAUCCUGCUGCCAGUGGGGUUUGGCGCCCACAUCCAGUUCCUGAACUUCUCCACGGAGCCCAACCACGACUUCGUGGAGGUGCGGAACGGCCCCCACGACACCAGCAGCGUCAUCGGGCGCUUCAGCGGCGCCGAGCUGCCCGGCUCCCUGCUCUCCACCUCCCACGAGACCACCCUCUACUUCCACAGCGACCACUCCCAGAACAAACCCGGCUUCAAGCUGGAGUACCAAGCCUACGAGCUGCAGGAGUGCCCUGACCCGGAGCCCUUUGCCAACGGGGUGGUGAGAGGAGCUGGCUACAACGUGGGCCAGUCCAUCUCCUUCGAGUGCCUGCCUGGCUACCAGCUCAUCGGGCACCCCGUGCUCACCUGCCAGCACGGCACCAACAGGAACUGGGACCACCCCCUGCCCAGGUGUGAAGUGCCUUGUGGGGGCAAUGUCACUGCCCAGAAUGGCACAGUUUACUCCCCUGGCUUCCCCAACCAGUACCCAAAUUCCCAGGAUUGCAGCUGGCUCCUGACAGUGCCCGUGGGCUAUGGGAUCCACCUCAACUUCACCCUGCUGCAGACAGAGCCCUACAACGACUUCAUCACUGUCUGGGAUGGGCCCCAGCAAACAGCUCCCCAGCUGGGAGUGUUCACAGGAAACUCAGCCAAGAAAUCUGCAGAGAGCUCCUCCAACCAGGUGCUGCUGAAAUUCCACAGCGACGGCGCCAACGGCGGCAUCUUCGCCAUCGCCUUCCGAGCUUUCCAGCUUUCCCGCUGCCAGCCUCCCACCGUGGUUCCCAACGCCGAGAUCCUCACGGAGAGCCAGGAGUUCCACAUUGGUGACAUCGUCCGGUACCGCUGCCUGCCCGGCUUCACCCUGAUAGGGAACGAAAUCCUCACCUGCAAGCUGGGCACCCACCUGCACUUCGAGGGACCCCCACCCACCUGUGAAGUGCACUGCCCCAUGAACCAGCUGCUGACGGAUUCCACCGGGGUGAUCCUGAGCCAGAGCUUCCUGGGGAGUUACCCCCACUUCCAGACCUGCUCCUGGCUGGUGAAGGUGGAGCCAGGCUACAACAUCUCCCUGACCAUCGAGUACUUCCUCAGCGAGAAGCAGUUUGAUGAGUUUGAGAUCUUUGAUGGUCCCUCAGGGCAGAGCCCCUUGCUGCUGUCCCUCAGUGGGAAUUACUCUGCCCCUCUGACCGUCAGCAGCAGCAGCAACAGCGUCUUCCUGCGCUGGUCCUCCGACCAUGCCUACAACAGGAAAGGCUUCAAAAUCCGCUACUCAGCUCCCUACUGCAGCCUCCCCCAGCCUCCAGCCCACGGGAUGAUCCUGAGCCAUUCGGGGCUGCGCCCCGGCAGCUCCGUGCGCUUCGGCUGCGACGCCGGCUACCGCCUGGUGGGACACAGCACCACCACCUGCAGCCAGCACCCCCAGGGCCACUUCCACUGGAGGGAAGCCAUCCCCCUGUGCCAAGCUCUCUCCUGUGGAGUCCCCAGAGCCCCGAGGAACGGGGUUGUCUUUGGGAAGGAGUACACAGUGGGCACCAAGGCCGUGUACCAGUGCAACCAGGGCUUCCAGCUGCAGGCGGGCGCCGAGCCCAGCACCGAGUGCCUGCAGGAGGGAGUGUGGAGCAACGGCAACCAGCCCCCUCUGUGUGUGGCUGUGACGUGUCCCGACGUGAGCAGCAUCGCGGUGGAGCACGGCCGCUGGCGCCUCACCUACGAGGUGCAGAACCACUACAACGCCCAGCUGAUGCUCAUCUGUGACCCUGGCUACUACUACACGGGCCAGAGGGUCAUCAGCUGCCAGGCCAACGGCACCUGGAGCAUCGGGGAGCCCGUGCCCACCUGUAAAAUUAUCUCCUGUGGGGACCUGCCCACCCCUCCCAACGGGAACAAGAUCGGGACCCUCACCAGCUAUGGGGCCACUGCCAUCUUCUCCUGCAACACUGGCUACACCCUGGUGGGCUCCCGGGUCAGGGAGUGCAUGGCCAACGGGCUCUGGAGCGGGGCUGAGGUCCGGUGCCUGGCCGGGCACUGUGGCGUGCCCAGCCCCAUUGUGAACGGGCAGAUCAACGGGGAGAACUUCAACUACCGUGGCAGCGUGGUGUACCAGUGCCAGCCCGGCUUCCGCCUGAUCGGCAUGUCCGUGCGCAUCUGCCAGCAGGACCACCGCUGGUCCGGGAAAACGCCUGUCUGUGUGCCCAUCACCUGUGGCCACCCUGGCAACCCCCCCAACGGCCUCACCCAGGGCUCCCAGUUCAACCUCAACGACGUGGCCAAAUUCCAGUGCAACCCCGGCUUCCGCCUGGAGGGAGCUUCCCAAUCCCAGUGCCUGGCCAAUGGCCAGUGGAGCAGCGCCCUGCCCUCCUGCCGAGUUGUGAACUGUUCUGACCCCGGGCACCUGGAAAACAGCGUCCGGCAAGUGCAGCCGAGCGGCCCCCACAGGUUCAGCUUCGGCACCACCGUGUCCUAUCAGUGCAUCCACGGAUUUUAUCUGUUGGGGACGCACGUCCUGACGUGCCAGGGCGAUGGCACGUGGGACAGAGCCCUCCCCCAGUGCCUUUUGGUGUCGUGUGGCCACCCCGGGUCCCCUCCCCACGCGCAGAUCUCGGGGGACAAGCACACGGUGGGCUCCGUGGUCAGGUACAGCUGCCUGGGCCGGCGCACGCUGGUCGGCAAUUCCACACGGAUGUGCCAGCUGGACGGGCGCUGGAGCGGCUCCCUGCCACACUGCUCGGGGGGCAGCCAGGGUGUGUGCGGCGAUCCCGGGAUCCCGGCGCACGGCAUCGGGCUGGGGGACGCCUUCGACGUGGGCAGCGUGGUGAGGUUCAGCUGCGAGCCCGGCUACACCCUGAGGGGCUCCUCCGAGAGGAUCUGCCACGCCAACGGCUCCUGGAGCGGCACGCAGCCCGAGUGCGAAGUGAUUUCCUGCGGGAACCCCGGCACGCCCAGCAAUGCCAGGGUGAUCUUCAACGACGGCCUGGUGUUCUCCAGCUCCAUCAUCUACCAGUGCAGGGAGGGGUUUUAUUCCACAGGGGUGCUGAGCAGGCACUGCACCGUCAAUGGCACCUGGACUGGGACCAGCCCCGAGUGCACUGUGAUCAACUGUGGAGACCCUGGUGUUCCAGCCAACGGGCUCAGGCUGGGCAGUGACUUCACCUACAACAAAUCCGUGGUGUUCCAGUGCACCCCUGGCUUCAUGAUGGAGUCAGACAGGGCAGCUGCCCUCACCUGCACCAAAGACCGCACCUGGAACGGCACCAAACCUGUCUGCAAGGCCAUCACCUGCAGAGCUCCCCAGGCCAUUCCCAACGGCAAGGUGGUGGGCUCAGAUUUCAGCUGGGGUUCCAGUGUCAGCUACGCCUGCCUCGAGGGCUACCAGCUGUCCCUGCCCGCCGUGCUCACCUGCGAGGGCAACGGCUCCUGGAGCGGGGAGAUCCCCCAGUGCUUCCCCGUGUUCUGUGGGGACCCAGGCACCCCAGCCCAGGGCAGGAGGGAGGACCGAGGCUUCACCUACCGCUCGUCCGUGUCCUUCUCGUGCCUGGCCCCGCUGGUGCUCGUGGGCUCGGCGCGGAGGUUCUGCCAGUCCGACGGCACCUGGAGCGGGACCCAGCCCAGCUGCAUCGAUCCCAGCCUCACGACGUGUGCGGAUCCUGGAGUGCCUCUUUUUGGGAUGCAGAACAAUUCCCAGGGAUAUCAGGUGGGAAGCAUCCUGUUCUUCAGGUGCCAGAAGGGAUAUCUCCUGCAGGGCUCCACCACCAGGACCUGCCUGCCCAACCUGACCUGGAGCGGCGUCCAGCCCGACUGCGUCCCCCACCACUGCAGGCAGCCUGAGACCCCAUCCCACGCCAACGUGGGUGCCCUGGACCUGCCCUCCCUGGGCUACACCUUGAUCUACUCCUGCCAGAGCGGCUUCUACCUCACCGGGGGCUCCGAGCACCGCACCUGCAAAGCCGACGGCAGCUGGACAGGGAAACCUCCCAUCUGCCUGGCCGAUGUCCGUCCCAGCGGGAGGCCCGUGGGCACCGCGCGGGAGCCGCCGCUCGCCAAGGCCUCAGUGCCUGCGGAUGUGUUUGCAAGGAAUUCCCUGUGGAAAGGCUCCUACGAGUACAUGGGGAAGAAGCAGCCAGCCAUGCUCUCUGUCACCAGCUUCGACCCCACCACCAGCAAGGUCAACGCCACCUUGAUCGACCACAGCGGGGUGGAGCUCCAGGUGUCCGGGAUUUACAAGAAGGAAGAUGUGCACCUGCUGCUCCAGGUGUACCAGAUCAUGGGGCCACUGGAGAUCUUUGCCAACAAGUUCAGGAAUGAGAAAUGGGCUCUGGAUGGACACGUCUCGUCCGAAUCCUCGAGCGGCACCUUCGUGUACCAGGGCUUUGUGCGUGGCAAAGGCUUCGGGCAGUUUGGCCUCCAGAGACUUGACAUCAGCAUGAUGGAAAACGAUCCUGAAUCCAUUGGCCACCACUUUGCAUCCAACAGCAGCUCCGUGGCAGCCGCCAUCCUUGUGCCUUUCAUCGCCCUGAUUAUUGCAGGGUUUGUGCUUUAUCUCUACAAACACAGGAGGAGACCCAAAGUCCCGUUCAACGGCUACGCCGGCCACGAGAACACCAACGUGAGGGGAACCUUCGAGAACCCCAUGUACGACCGGAACCUGCAGCCCUCGGACAUCAUGGGCGGCGAGGCCGAGUUCACCGUGAGCACCGUGUGCACGGCCGUAUAGCGCUGGCCCCACACGAUUCCCGGGGCCGGUGUCCAGUGGAUGAUUGUCCCACCUGUCCAUCCAUCCAUCCCCUCCCCACCCUGCUCCCGCCCCUGCCCAGGCUGUGGAGAAGCUGCUGCACCUCCCUGGGAUUGCCGGGCUGCUGGAUCCACCUCCUCCAUCCUGCUGGAUCCACCUCCUCCAUCCUGCUGGAUCUCCAAGCCAAAGGUUCUGCUCCAGCUGCUCCCCAAGACCUGGGGUGGAGCUGCUCCCUGCAAGGAGCUUCCCGAAUUUUGGGAAGAGCUUGGGCGACAGAGGUUGUGCACAAGGUGCUGGAUUUACAGAAAACACCUGGAUGGGACAGGAGGAGGAUUUGGGUUUUCUGCAUUUGGGUUUCUGGGUCGUUUCUUGGUUGGAUUUUUAACCCAGGGCUUGAGCAGUGGGUGAGUUUUCAGAUGGGGCCUUUCCAAGCAAAACUUGGGAAGCUUUGAUGUUCAUGGAAAACACCUGGAUGGGACAGGAUGAGGAUUUGUGUGUCUGGGUUUGGGUUUCUGGGUUAUUUUUUGGUUGUGUUUUCUACCCCAGGGCUUGAGCAGAGGAAGGGUUUUCGAAUGGGAGCUUUCCAACCUUGGGAAGAUUUUCCCCUCUUCCCUGUGUUUGAUUUUCCUUUGGGCAUUCCUGGCUGGAUUUACAGAAAACACCUGGAUGGGACAGGAUGAGGAUUUGGGUUUUCUGCAUUUGGGUUUCUGGCUGGAUUUUUUACCCCAGGGCUUGAGCAGAGGAAGAAUUUUCAGAUGGGGCCUUUCCAAGCAAAACUUGGGAAGCUUUUCCCUUCUUCCCUGUGUUUUGUUUUCCUUUGGGCAUUCCUGGCUGGAUUUAGGGAAAUCCCCUGGAUCCAGGACAAGAAUUUGCAUUUGGAUUUCUGGGUUAUUUCUUUUUUGAUUUUUCUACCCCAGAUAGAGUCUUCAAAAGGAGCUUUCCCAAAACUUGGGAAAAGCUUCCCAGAGCUUUUCCCUGUGUUUGAUUUUCCUUGGGGCAUUCCUGGCUGGGUUUUUCCUGCCCCAUGUCCCCCCUGAUUUGAGCUGGGCCCAAAUCCCUGAUCAGGAAUUCGCUGCCAGACGAUUCCAAAAGGGACAGGAAUAUCCAGAGGGAUAAAAAUCCUCUCUGAAAAGAACUCAACAAACACCAAUUCCCCCAAAAGCUUCCCAAAUCCUUUGCCCUUUCCAGACUGAUCCUCCAAAGGGCAAUGCAAGAAGAGUUUUAUUUCCCAGGGGCACUGAGGGAAGGCAGCCUGACAUUUCCUCCUCUGGACCCUUGUGACCAUCAGUUUGUUUGGAAUCCCUUUUUUUGGGAUCAGGGGAGGCAGAAGUGCCGCUCCCAGGUCACUGAGUGCAGGAGGCUCCAAGGAAAAUCAGGAUGAACCCUUUGGAAUGGGGGUUUCCAUCCAUGCUCCAAUUGUUGCAGCAUUUUGUCCUCCCUGAAGCUCAGCCUGCUGAAAACCUUGGGAUAAUUUGGGAAAAUUUUGUUGCUUUAUCCUUGAUUUUCUGGGUGUAAAUACAUCAAUAUUUUAUUUUUGUUACUCCUGCCUCUCCUUCAGCUCUCCCAGAGGGAGCAGAAUUCCCAACCUGCCAAAAAAAGCCAGCUGUGCUCCCAAAAAUGGCACUUCUGCUCC